GUCUGGAAACUGGAAACUGGAAACAAGAAAAAGUUCAAGAUGGCGGAUGACUCCCGUCGCCGAGACUUGUGUAAAUUGUUCAACAAAUUCAAGAAGGAAGAAUUGCUUCAUGGACUUAUUGAACAAGGAAUUUUGGAGGAAGGCUUGUUAGAUACGGAAGGAACGAAGAAAGCAUUCGUCAAUCGAGUUUUGAAGAGCUGUUUUGCUAAAGAAGUAACAACUGAUCAUAUUGGUCUCCUGGAUCUUCUGUAUCACCAGGCUCAUCCAAGUUGUAAGAAAUGGACUGUAUAUAAACUAAAAGGCUUUGAGCCUGAAAAAGAGUUGAAUACAUCAGACCCUUGGAAAUUUAAGUCCCAGCUGAAAUCCUGUUUAGGACUGUACUUCAAAGUGGACAUCUUUGUCCAUCUGUGGAAAAAUGGUCUGUGGACACGGCUUCGCAUUAGUGACAGCACAUCUGCAAGUUUGCUCAGCAACACUGUAUUCCUUGUUUACUAUCCUAACUCAGAAUACAUUUUCAGUUCUGCCAUCAAAGCAGCCUACAAACAGUAUAUCUUGCAAACGCUUUCGACUCUACUACAUUGUCAGACUCUAGAAGAAGUAAAGUUGUCAGGAAGAGACAUGUUUUCACUGAAGGAACUUGUGCUUAAUAAAAGUAGUCAGGGGCCAUUUAGUAUGUACAGGUUAAGCCAAUUAGAUGGGAACCCUCUGAGUAGGAAAAGAAAGAGAGAAAAAGCAGAGAGACAGACUGAAGUCACGCAAAGUCAGGAAAUAACAAGUGAGAACAAGGAGGAGGACCAGAAGAGGCAACAUUUCACAGACAGUGCAUUUGGCUCCAACCCACAACCAGUACUGGAAAGAGUGGAAUUUAAGAUGCAAACAAGGCUACGCAGUAGACAGCACUUCCCCCGACUUAACAGACCGAUCUCCUGCAAUGUUACAUUUGAAGGGCCAAGUGUAAUAGAAGGUAUUAAGAAUCUUGGAUCACAGAGUUUUGUUGAUGUACCCUUGCCAUCAUAUCUUGCUAAUCUACAUUCCCUUUCCAAGAACUCAUUUUUCCUGACAGAAAAGAAAACCAACGGUGAAAACUGAGCAGCAGGCAGUUCUCGUCAGCAUCAAGAUACGCUGCCAUAAGUCUUGAAAAGUAUGUGUUCCAAACUUGUAGGACAAACAUUCAUCAACAUUGUAUCUCUUUGAAUGUAUGAUCUAACUUGUUAUUUCUGUCAGCCCCUUUAACUGGAAUUUGAUGGACAGCAGUUUAUGAUUCCAAUGAAACACCGUGCUGAUGAGUUAGAGCUGUUUUAGAAAUUCUAUUGCAAAAAAGGGUACAGUCAGCGUUUUCAAAGCGGACACUGUGCACUCUCUGUAGGGUGCAAACCUUCCCAGGGCAGGCGUGACUCAUUACUCAUCACCUGUUUCUCAGAAGGUAGACACCACUCUAAAUGAGACGGGUAGAUCCACUUCGAGGAGUGUCUGCCUUAGAGAGAGUGAAGCCAAUGAUUUAUUUGGUCGAAAAAAGAUUCAGUCAGUCCUUCAAAGAACAGAAUCCUUUCCAGUGGGUGAAAGGACAGAAUACAUGCACCUGAUUCAGUAAAGAUUUAAUUUGAAUGACUGCUGUUAAGCAUAUUGUAAUAAUAAUUACAGCUGUACAUAGUUUUUUUUUUAAACAGGGUAGUUUAUGUUAGCUGUUUUUUUUAAAUCAGGGCUCGAAAAACACUUGAACUCCAGCUAGCCCUUCGGACAAGUAUCUCAAAAAAAUGCUUUCUCUGGACAAGUCUUAGUCUGAUCUUUCAAUGAUUUAGUUAGUACACGACUUGCCUGAUCCUUUGCCGGUCAGGCAUGUUACUUCCCCAGUAGGAAAAUCUACUUGUCCUGGACGACCAGAUGGCACUUUUUUGAGCCCUGUUUUAAUAUUUUCUCUGCCAUGAUGGUUAGCUUUGAUUUAUGAGUAGUAGUAAGUUGUUACUGUAUUACUUUUUUUUUUUCUAAACAACAAGAGUUUAAUAAUUUAUCAUUGCAAAAGUGGACUCAAUCCAAUGCCAUAUUAGUUAAACUGAAUCAAUAUUUUUAUUCCAUUUCUGUUGUGGGCUUAGGAUUAUCUAGUUAAUUAAUUUAACACAAAAUUCUUCUAAAAUUUCUUGUAUUUUUACUCACUUUUUAGUGAUUUACACUUUUAUUUUUAUUUUUUAAAACAAGUUAAAGCUGUUAGUAAUAGUGAUUUUUUUAGUCUGUUCUUUUGUAUCCUCUUUUUUUAUAUACUGUAGUUGACUUGGUGUAAAUAAAAUUUUCUAAAAGAGCUUUUGUAUAUUAAAUA